ACCACUGUCCACCUGGCGCCAGAGCUUCCAAGCAAAGAAUGUUUCAAACGGAUUUCGUUUGCAGCUUUGGUACGAAAUCAAAACCUUUACCACUCUCUUUGCAAUUAAUCGAAUUUCUAAUCUCCGAAGCAACAAAUUUCACUGACCGAAUAACCGCAAUUCUUCACCAUCGGUGAAUUCACGCAAAUGCUCAACAUCGUCGUCUUCGAAUUCUGAGCCAUGGCCGCGACGUCGUAUCUGACGCCGACGCAGAGCUACGCAGCGGGAGCUUUGUUCGGGCUCGCUCUUAACCAGGCCCAGAUCCACCGGACUCAUCCGCUGGGCCUGUACACGGCCGAAGAGCCGGCCGACGAGCGAACCAGCAGUGGCAGCAGUAGCGACUCGGUCUCCGAGGACCCCGAGCUUUGGGUCCACCAGAAAUCGGGCCUGCUCCGACCCGUAUUCGAAUUUUUAGAGAUUGACUCUAGCGCAUGGUCUGGACUUGAGGAAACCACCGGUUAUUCUCCAGCUAAGCAUCAUGUUGGAGCGUUCUUGAGGUUACUCUCAGAAGAAAGUGGGGAUAAUUCUUCUCAAAGGGCAGAUCUGGAACUUGCUUUGUCAAAAGCUAUUGAUGUUACUGCACUUAGCAUGGAAAAAGAUUCUGAAUCUUCGAAGUCAAAGAGGGAAAAGCAUCUUGAAUACGAACAUGAAUGUCGUGAGAAAUUGUCCAAUGCUGAAGUACAAUCAAGCUCUGAAGCUGCAGACGUACACUUGGUCCCAGAGACAGAUAGUAACAUGUCUGAUGACAAAGAUGCACAUCUUGGAUCAAUGACUAAAAUGGAUGAGAAACCAAUUGAAGAGGUAACAAUGCUCAGUUAUCGGAGGAAAGUGACAGUUCUUUAUCUGCUUCUUUCAGCUUGUCUGGCAGAUACACGCGAUGACAACAAAAAAUGUAGCCGGCGGAGAAAGGGCUACGAUGCUCGACAUCGUGUGGCUCUGCGGUUGCUGGCAACUUGGCUUGAUAUCAAGUGGGCAAAAAUGGAAGCAAUAGAGGUCAUGGUUGCUUGCUCUGCAAUGGCUUUAGCAAAAGAGAAGGAAUCAAAAGGAGGAGAAGGAAAACAAUCUUCAGAAAGAAAAUGGGCUAAAUGGAAGCGUGGCGGUAUCAUUGGUGCUGCAGCAAUAACUGGAGGAGCCUUGAUGGCAGUUACUGGUGGAUUAGCUGCCCCAGCAAUUGCUGCGGGACUUAGUGCCCUAGCUCCAACAUUAGGGACUCUCAUCCCUGUGAUUGGAGCUAGUGGGUUUGCUGCAGCUGCAAGUGCUGCCGGAACUGUUGCUGGUUCAGUUGCUGUUGCUGCAUCCUUUGGAGCGGCUGGAGCUGGACUUACGGGGAGCAAAAUGGCUAGAAGAGUUGGAGGUGUUGAUGAAUUUGAAUUCAAAGCUAUUGGGGAAAACCAUAAUCAAGGGAGGCUUGCAGUUGAGAUCUUGGUCUCAGGAUUGGUGUUUGAUGAGGAAGAUUUUUUAAGGCCUUGGGAAGGACAAAUUGAUAACUUGGAAAGGUAUGUGGUGCAGUGGGAGUCUAAGAAUCUAAUUGCUGUGAGCACUGCAAUUCAGGAUUGGCUAACUUCAAGUCUUGCCUUGCAGUUGAUGAAGCAAGGUGCAAUGAUGACUGUAUUAAGCACACUUUUAACAGCAUUGGCUUGGCCGGCAGUGUUACUUGCAGCUACUGACUUUAUAGAUAGCAAAUGGACAAUUGCUGUAGACAGAUCAGACAAAGCAGGGAAGCUGCUUGCUGAAGUAUUAUUAAAUGGAUUGCAAGGCAACAGGCCGGUGACACUUGUUGGUUACUCACUUGGAGCACGAGUGAUUUUCAAGUGUCUUCAGUUUUUGGCUGAGACCGAACACGAUGCUGAACUUAUAGAAAGAGUUGUUCUUCUCGGAGCACCCAUCUCAAUCAAAGAUGAGAACUGGGAAGCUGCUAGAAAGAUGGUGGCUGGAAGAUUUGUGAAUGCGUACUCCAAAAAUGAUUGGACGCUUGGAGUUGCUUUCCGUGCCAGUUUACUUACUCAAGGAUUAGCUGGAAUUCAACCCAUCAAUAUUCCUGGGAUUGAGAAUGUUGACGUAACAGAUCUCAUCGAAGGUCACUCUUCCUAUUUAUGGGCUACACAGGAAAUAUUGGACCAGCUUGAACUCGAUACAUAUUAUCCUGUUUUCAGGAGCACUCUUUGCAAACAAUGAGGGUUUUAAUUUCCAGUUCAGAUUCUACUUUUGGGAUUCGGCUCGGGUCCAGUUCCAGUUAGAACUGGACCUCUUGGAAUUGAGACACGUGUCUUGUGUGUCUGGUUAUGAGACAUGUUUCAAUCCCAACAGAUCCAAUUGGGUAUUGGGAUUACUCCAUUUUUAUUAUUGCUGAAGGAAUUGUAGUGUUUGUACCGAGUACCGUAGCCGGACCAAGCAUGUUGGUGCAAGUCACUCUCAGCUUGGAGGUUCUCGGUUCUUUGCUAUUUCAUCCUCUUUUCCUUCGUUUGUGUAUCCACCGAAACUACAAAAGUGUAAUGUUUUAACAAACAAUUGAACAAGACAAGGAAUAGUGGUUCAUAUUUAUAAUACCAGCUGGGACAAUAAAAAUAUAGUCAGUACCAAA